AUGAAUUCAGAAGAUUCAUUAAGAAGUGAAAUAUUUUAUUAUUUAAGAGAAAAAUACUAUGGAACUUGUUUAUCUAUUGUUGAAACAUAUCUAGGAACAGUUUCAAUUAAAAACUUGUUUUUUGUCAUUAUCAAAGAAUACUCAUUAAUUAAAUUAAAAAAAGUUUCAAUAGCUAUUAGACAAUUGAAUAGUUUAAAAGGAAAUGAUGAUUAUAAAUGUUCUGUUUUAACAUUACUUAAAAUAGCAUAUGAAUCAGAAAAAGAAAAAGAUAUAACAACAAUAAAAGAAUUAGAAAAAGAAAUUCAAAAAUCAAGUAAUAAUAUAAAUGAUAAAGAUUUAUAUUUAUUAGGAAUAAUAUUAAUAUCAGAAGGAAUACCUCAACAAUUUAGAAAAUAUUUAAAACAAUCAAAUUAUGAUUCAAUGGAACAAGAUUUAAUUUCAUUAUUUGGAUGGUUAGAAUAUUAUGAUAAACAUGAUGUAGCACAGGCAACAAAAUAUUUUAAUAAAAUUUCAUCAAAUAAUGAUGAAAAAAUUAUAUAUCCAGAUAUAUAUUUAGGAAAAGUAAGAAUGUAUCAGGAUAUGCGUUAUUAUGAUGAGAUGAUUCAAAUAUUAUCAGAAUGCCUCUCACAUUAUUCAUCAUUUAUGCCAGGACAUAUUGAAUUAACAAGAUCAUGGAUGAUAAAUAGAAACUGGGAAAAAGUUUAUGAUAGUAUACAAACAGCUAAUCUUGUAAGUAAUGGUUCUGUUUUUAUACACUUUGUAGAAGUUAUUUAUACUAUAUUAAUAAAAGGUCAAUAUAGUUUAUAUGAAUCUGUUUUAAUGGAUUUAUAUGAUUCAAUUGAAACAUUUGAAAAAGGAAAUGUAAUAAUUUUAGAAAAAAUUUGUAAACUUUUAUUAAGUGUAAUGUUAGAUAAUGAUAAUUUAAUAGAUUAUACAGAAAAAUUUAUCAAUAAACUUUUAGAAAUUGAUGAAUCAAUUAUAUAUAAAAAAUUAAAAUGUCAAUUUUUAUUAAAAAAGAAAUAUUAUAAAGAAAGUUUUGAGAUAGCAAAAGAUAUUAUGAAUAAUUAUACUGGUGAUGAUCCAGAAAUCUUAUUAAUUCUUGUACAAUGUUAUAUAAAACUUGGAAAAAAGAAAGAUGCACGAUAUCAGUUAGAUUUUAGUAAAGCAUCAAAUAAUAAAGUUCAAGAUUCAAGUAUGUAUUAUUAUUUAGAAGCAUAUAUUAUUAAAAUGGAAGGUAAACCAUAUGAUGUUAUUUAUUCAGUUUUAUGUACAGCAAUAGAAAAACAUACAGAAAAAUUAUAUAGAAUUAAUUAUGGAAUUAAUUAUUUUAUUGAAAUUAAUUGUGAUUUUCUUAUUGAUAUUGGAUAUUUAUUAUUUGAAAUAUCACCUUUAACACCAACAAAAACUUAUACUGAAAGUUUAAAACAAGUUGUUAAAGUUAUAUCAUUAAUUCAUGAUAAUUUUCCUGGUAUUGAUAGAGCUGUAUAUUUAUUAGCUAAAGGACAAUAUUUACAAUGUGAGAUUGAUGAAGCAGAAAAUUUAUUAAAUAAAUGUAUAGAAAAAAGUCAUCAAAUUGCUGAGAUUCAUCUUUUAAUGGCACAAAUUCAGGUUGAAAAAAAAAAUCUUGACAGUGCAUCAAAAUAUUUAGACAUUGGUUUAAGUUUAAAUUUUAAAGUUAAAGAUCAUCCCUUAUAUUAUUUAACAAAAGCACUUUUAUUAAAAAAAUCUAAUCAAAUUGAUCAAAGUAUUACUCUUCUAAAACAAGCAAUGAAAUUACCAACAUUUGAUGGUUCAAUAAUUGAAAAACCUGAUUCAUUAAGUGUUUCUGACUCUGACAGAAUAGCAAUAUACCUAGAAUUAAUAAAUUCUCUUCAAAUUCAAAAUAAUAUACAUGAAGCUGAUAUUAUAAUGAAUAGAGCAAUGCAAAGAUGGAAAGGUAAACCAGAGGAACAACAAUUAUUUUUGAUGUCAGCACAAUUAAAAAUAUCUCGUGGUGAUUGUGAUGGUGGAAUAGAUAUUCUUAAUACAAUAACACCUGAUCAACCAAAUUAUCAGGCAGCUCAAAUUAAAUUAGCUGAAAUAUAUUUACAGGAAAAAAAAGAUUCAGCAAAAUUUGCUAAAUGUUAUAAAAAUAUUUUAUCAUCUAAUCCAAGUGUCAAAACAUAUAUUAUGUUAGGUGAUGCAUAUAUGAGUAUUCAGGAACCAUUAAAAGCAAUAGAAGUUUAUGAAACAGCAAUGAAAAAAAAUUCUAAAGAUUUUAUGUUAGCAGAAAAAAUAGGAACAGCUUAUGUAAAAUGUUUUAUGUUUCAUAAAGCUAUUAAUUUUUAUGAGACAGCAUUAAAAAAUUCUAAACAAAGUAAAAUGAGAUUAUGUUAUGUUGAGUUAUUAUUAAAAAUGGGAAAUUAUGAAAAAUGUGAAAAAGUAUUGAAGGAAGGAUUUGAAAAAUAUUCUGAAGUUAAUGAUAUUAAUACAUUAAAAGAUCAUAUCUCUUAUUAUAUGAUGUUAUCAAAAUUACAUUUAGAAAUUAAUAAUUGGGAGGAGGCUGCUAAUGAUUUAGGGCAAGCUAAACGCCUCCAAUCAGAAGUUAUUUCAAAAGCAACAACUGAAGGAUAUAAUAUGCAAGAAGAAAUUUUAAAAGCAUCUAAUAUAUGUUCAAAGAUAGCUGAUUUAUAUAAUAGUAAAAGAGAAUAUUCUAAGGCAGCUGAAAUGUAUAAAGAGGCUGUAGCAAUGAAUGGACAAGAUAUUAAAAGUAUGAUAGCAUUAGCAAGAAUAUACAUGGCUACAGGAAGAUUUCAACAAUGUCAUACACAAUGUCAAGCUAUUUUAACACGUGAUAGAUAUAAUGAUGAUGCCACAUUAAUGAUGGCUGAUUUACAAUAUCAAAAUAAUAAACCAUCAGAAGCAUUAAUUCAUUAUACACAAUUAUUAGAUAGAAAUCCAUCACAAUAUCAUGCAUUAGCUAGAUGUAUAGAAUUAUGUAAAAGAACUGGUGAUAUAGAACAAGCAGAAAAAUAUUUAAAAUCUGUUGUUGAUAUAAAUCCACGAGCAACAAUGGAUUGUGGUUAUAAUUAUUGUAAAGGUCUUAAUGAAUGGUACUCAGGAGAACCAAAUGCAGCAUUACAAGCUUUUAAUAGAGCUAAAAGAGAUAUAGAAUGGAGAGAAAGUGCUAUAUAUAAUAUUAUUGAGAUAUGUCUUAAUCCAGAUAAUGAAAUAAUUGGUGGUGAAAUUUAUGAUGUUGAAGGUGAAUCAAAUAAUGAAGAAUCAAAUAGAUAUUAUGGAGCAAAAUCUGCUCAACAAUUUUUAGAUGAAAUAAAAGGAAGACCUCAAGAUGAAGGAAGAUAUGAAUUAAUGUCAAAUUUUAUUCUUAUGUCAACAACAAAUAAAGCUUCUAUUCAGGUAGCAUUAAAUAAUUUUUUAAAUAUGCUUGUUGAAAAAGAACCUUCAACAUUGACACAACAAUGUAUUAAUGUUGGUGCAAUUCUUGGAUCAGCAAGAUGUUAUUUAGCUUUAAAACAACAACCUAAAGCUAAACAACAAUUAAAAAGUAUUCUUAAUUAUCCAUGGAAUUUAGAGGAGGCUGAUUAUCUUCAACAAUGUUGGUUAUUAUUAGCUGAUAUUUAUAUAAAACAGGGUAAAGGUGAACAGGCAUCAAAUGUUAUAAAAACAAUUAUAAAAUAUAAUUCAAGUUGUAUUAAAGCUUAUGAAUUAAUGGCUUAUACAAAAGAAAAAGAACAAAAAUUUUAUGAGGCAGCUUUUAAUUAUGAAAAAGCAUGGAAAUUAUCAAAAUGUAGAAAUGUUAAUGUUGGUUUUAAAUUGGCUUAUACACAUAUGAAAUGUAAAAAAUUUUUCCAUAGUAUUCAUAUAUGUCAACAAAUUCUUGAAAAAUAUCCUGAUUAUCCAAGAAUUAAAACUGAAAUAUUAGAUAAAUCAAGAGCCGGAUUAAGAAUAUAA